CCGCCAAUGCCGCCGCCGCCGCGCCGACCAUGUCGGCAGCCAAGGAGAACCCGUGCAGGAAAUUCCAGGCCAACAUCUUCAACAAGAACAAGUGUCAGAACUGCUUCAAGCCCCGCGAGUCGCAUCUGCUCAACGACGAGGACCUGACGCAGGCAAAACCCAUUUAUGGCGGUUGGCUGCUCCUGGCUCCAGAUGGGACCGACUUUGACAACCCAGUGCACCGGUCUCGGAAAUGGCAGCGACAAUUCUUCAUCCUUUACGAGCAUGGCCUCUUGCGCUACGCCCUGGAUGAGAUGCCCAGGACCCUUCCUCAGGGCACCAUCAACAUGAACCAGUGCACAGAUGUGGUGGAUGGGGAGGGCCGCACGGGCCAGAAGUUCUCCCUGUGUAUUCUGACGCCUGAGAAGGAGCAUUUCAUCCCGGCGGAGACCAAGGAGAUCGUCGGUGGGUGGCUGGAGAUGCUCAUGGUCUAUCCCCGGACCAACAAGCAGAAUCAGAAGAAGAAAUGGAAAGUGGAGUCCCCCACACCACAGGAGCCUGGGCCUGCCAAGGUGGCUGUUACCAGCAGCAGCAGCAGCAGCAGCAGCAGCAGCAGCAGCAGCAGCAGCAGCAGCAGCAGCAGCAGCAGCAUCCCCAGUGCUGAGAAAGUCCCCACCACCAAGUCCACACUGUGGCAGGAAGAAAUGAGGACCAAGGACCAGCCAGAUGGCAGCAGCCUGAGUCCAGCUCAGAGUCCCAGCCAGAGCCAGCCUCCUGCUGCCAGCUCCCUGCGGGAACCUGGGCUGGAGAGCAAAGAAGAGGAGAGCACCAUGAGUAGCGACCGCAUGGACUGUGGCCGCAAAGUCCGGGUGGAGAGUGGCUACUUCUCUCUGGAGAAGACCAAACAGGACUUAAAGGCCGAAGAACAGCAGCUGCCCCAGCCGCUCUCCCCUCCCAGCCCCAGCACCCCCAACCACAGGAGGUCCCAGGUGAUUGAAAAGUUUGAGGCCUUGGACAUUGAGAAGGCAGAGCACAUGGAGACCAAUGCAGUGGGGCCCUCACCAUCCAGCGACACACGCCAGGGCCGCAGCGAGAAAAGGGCGUUCCCUAGGAAGCGGGACUUCACCAAUGAAGCCCCCCCCCCCCCAGCUCCUCUCCCAGACGCCUCGGCUUCCCCCCUGUCUCCACACCGAAGAGCCAAGUCACUGGACAGGAGGUCCACGGAGCCCUCCGUGACGCCCGACCUGCUGAAUUUCAAGAAAGGCUGGCUGACUAAGCAGUAUGAGGACGGCCAAUGGAAGAAACACUGGUUUGUCCUCGCCGAUCAAAGCCUGAGAUACUACAGGGAUUCAGUGGCUGAGGAGGCAGCCGACUUGGAUGGAGAAAUUGACUUGUCUGCAUGUUACCAUGUCACAGAGUAUCCAGUUCAGAGAAACUAUGGCUUCCAGAUACAUACAAAGGAGGGCGAGUUUACCCUGUCGGCCAUGACAUCUGGGAUUCGGCGGAACUGGAUCCAGACCAUCAUGAAGCACGUGCACCCGACCACUGCCCCGGAUGUGACCAGCUCGUUGCCAGAGGAAAAAAACAAGAGCAGCUGCUCUUUUGAGACCUGCCCAAGGCCUACUGAGAAGCAAGAGGCAGAGCCGGGGGAUCCGGACCCUGAGCAGAAGAGGAGCCGCACGCGGGAGCGGAGGCGAGAGGGCCGCUCCAAGACCUUUGACUGGGCUGAGUUCCGUCCCAUCCAGCAGGCCCUGGCUCAGGAGCGGGUGGGCGGCGUGGGGCCUGCUGACACCCACGAGCCCCUGCGCCCUGAGGCGGAGCCUGGGGAGCUGGAGCAGGAGCGUGUACGGAGGCGGGAGGAGCACCGCAAGCACUUCGGGAUGCUCGACGCCACAGACGGGCCAGGCACUGAGGAUGCAGCCCUGCGCAUGGAGGUGGACCGGAGCCCAGGGCUGCCUGUGAGCGACCUCAAGACGCAUAACGUCCACGUGGAGAUCAAGCAGCGGUGGCAUCAGGUGGAGACCACGCCUCUCCGGGAAGAGAAGCAGGUGCCCAUCGCCCCCAUCCACCUGUCUUCUGAAGAUGGGGGUGACCGGCUCUCCACACACGAGCUAACCUCUCUGCUCGAGAAGGAGCUGGAGCAGAGCCAGAAGGAGGCCUCAGACCUUCUGGAGCAGAACCACCUCCUGCAGGACCAGCUGAGGGUGGCCCUGGGCUGGAAGCAGAGCACCCGUGAGGGCUACGUGCUGCAGGCCACGUGCAAGCGAGGGUUUGCAGCAAUGGAAGAAACGCACCAGAAGAAGAUUGAAGAUCUCCAGAGGCAGCACCAGCGGGAGCUAGAGAAACUUCGAGAAGAGAAAGACCGCCUCCUAGCCGAGGAGACAGCAGCCACCAUCUCAGCCAUCGAAGCCAUGAAGAACGCCCACCGGGAGGAGAUGGAGCGGGAGCUGGAGAAGAGCCAGCGGUCCCAGAUCAGCAGCGUCAACUCGGAUGUUGAGGCCCUGCGGCGCCAGUACCUGGAGGAGCUGCAGUCGGUGCAGCGGGAACUGGAGGUCCUCUCGGAGCAGUACUCGCAGAAGUGCCUGGAGAAUGCCCAUCUGGCCCAGGCGCUGGAGGCCGAGCGGCAGGCCCUGCGGCAGUGCCAGCGUGAGAACCAGGAGCUCAAUGCCCACAACCAGGAGCUGAACAACUGCCUGGCUGCAGAGAUCACACGGUUGCGGACGCUGCUGACUGGGGAUGGCAGUGGGGAGGCCACUGGGUCACCCCUUGCACAGGGCAAGGAUGCCUAUGAACUAGAAGUCUUAUUGCGGAUAUAGGAAUCGGAAAUACAGUACCUGAAACAGGAGAUUAGCUCCCUCAAAGAUGAGCUGCAGACGGCACUGCGGGACAAGAAGUACGCAAGUGACCACAAAGACAUCUACACAGAGCUCAGCAUCGUGAAGGCUAAGGCUGACUGUGACAUCAGCAGGUUGAAGGAGCAGCUCAAGGCUGCAACCGGAGCACUGGGGGAAAAGUCCCCUGACAGUGCCACGGUGUCCGGAUAUGAUAUAAUGAAAUCUAAAAGCAACCCUGACUUCUUGAAGAAAGACAGAUCCUGUGUCACCCGGCAACUCAGAAACAUCAGGUCCAAGAGUCUGAAGGAAGGCCUGACGGUGCAAGGACGGUUGAAGCUCUUUGAAUCCAGGGACUUGAAGAAAGACUAGGUGUGUCCCAUCCAAGUUGAGCACGCGCCUUCCCCAGCUUGCAGCAGCACACCCCGAGCGCUGCUUUUCACCUGUACCUUUGUUUUACUGCUGUUG